GGAUCCCUUUUUUCGCAAUCGCAUGAUUUGGUACAAUGCCGCGUCUUGGACCGACGUCAUCUUCCGAUGGGAGGGAACGACCAUCCAGGCCUGCUGCAACAAGCUGGGCCUCUUCUUUGUUUACCUGGUGGCGGCUUUUCUUCUCGAAGAGUUCCUCGACAUGAACUUCGGGAACGCCUUCAAGCACAGCGAGAUUUGGGGCAAGUGCCUCUGCUUUCUCAUCGUCUUCCGCGCCAACUCGUCCUACAAGCGAUACUGGGAGGGGCGGAUGCAUGCAGUCGAGUUUUACUCGAACCUGCGAUCGGUGGUGAUGUUGGCCUGCGGCCUCUUCCGAGGAGGGCAGGGCCAGUACCUGUGGAACCGCAGGUGUGGAGAGGAUGGCUUCAACCUUCCGUGGAAGCAGAGCUUGGAUGACGAGGACGAUUACAGGGCCUCCCACGCCCGCAUGGAUGUGGUCCGGUUCGCCAUCGCCGCAGCUGUCGGCCUCAAGAUCCACCUCCGGAUGAGUAGCUCCG